AUGUCCCAUCCAUCCUCCUGCCCGCCGCCACUCUCUACCAAAUCCCCCUCGGGAUCCAUCCCCAACCUACCAGCCUCCUCCUUCCUGAUCCAUCCAACCACCAUAGCCCACGCAGACCUCCCCGUUCCCCUCGGCGCGAGCCAGGGAGAGGAGCUCCCUGCCGCCUCCCACCUCGUGCCGUCCCCGUCGUCCACCGGUAGUAGCAGCAGCUCCGGCCGCAGCCCCGAGCCUCCCGUGCGCCUCCACCUCCCUGCCGGAGCAGCACCACCAGGCCAGCCCCACGCCCCUGCUCUUCCUUCUUCUUCCCCUAUCCCGCUCUUCUCUCAGUGCUCUCUCUCUCUGUCCCGUGUAGGAGGACAGCCAUGGGAGCACCUCGAGGAGCAACACCGCAGCAGCCUCGUCCUUGCUCCGCCACCAUCUCCGGCAAGAUUCGGCGAGCCGCGACGAAUCCGACCUCCUCCCGUUCCCCUGCUUCGGAUCUGGUGCUCCACACCCCUUCCUUGCGCCUGCGGCCUCCCACUCGUCGCCAUCGCCGCAGCAAGUUCAAGCUUCGCCGCCCGUUGCUGUUCAUCGAGCCGUCCCACGCUCCAACUGCCGGGAACCGGCUCCCCGUCGUCAAGACCUCCCGGAUCCGUCCGUUCUGCCGCCCAAGACCUCGCCGGAGUCCCUCAACUCGUCCGCAACGAGUCCCUGCACGCGCCCUGCCUCGCGUUGACCGCGCCUGUUGCCUCCCCUGCUUCGUGUCGAACCGCUCCAGCCCCGCUCCAGUUGACCGAGCCCAGCCUCGCGGCUUGCUUCCUCGCGGGCCACAAGCCACGGCCGGUCCAGCUUCCCUCCAAGGCCCAGCGUCUGCACCAGCUGGGCUUGGCCCAAUGUGAGCAGCUUCCCCAGUCAUUCAGUUUCGGCCCGAUAUGUUUUUCCCUGUUCCAGCGAAUUUAG